UUUGUGCGCAAAACUAUGACGACGCAAGAUUGGACUAGAAUGCUGAAAAGCUUCCGAACCAAAACCUACCGCAAUCUAGCAACAGUUGAAGAUCGCAAGGCCGGAUCGGCUUUGAACGACGCUCGAUCGUCGUCCGUAGGCUUGUGCGACGAUGUCGGUGAAGUUGAAGACGACGUUGACGACGGCAUCUGCCGUUUAGGGCCGUCAGACAUCAAAUCAAGAGCGUCGAACGUCGGAGCGAUUAUCAAGAAAGGUACGUUAUUGCCUACGGACUGGACAUUGAGGGAGCGCGUGACGUACAGGGGCGGAGGGCACAGCGAUCCAGCAACAAGCGCCGGUAAAAGUCACAUUCACCAAAGCGUUGGCUGCCAAGCGAAUCAAAGUGGCAGCGGCGGCGGCGGUGGUGGUGGUGGCGGCGGCGGCGGCGGCGGUGGAGGCGAAGGAGCCGAAGACAAGCCGCUAGCGGUGAGAGGUCGGAGCGCCUCCGAGCCGUCGUUCCUUUCGGCCAGCCGAGCCGUUAAGGUCCGCGUCUCUUCGUCUCCCGCCAAUAACCCAUCGUCAUACACACCACCGACCGUCAAAGAGAUCAGCAGCAUUACGGGGCUGCAACAGCAAAUCAAGGCGGCCUUUGGCCGUUGGAGAAAAAGGGGAGCUCCAUCGUCGCACGCCGGUUUGGAGGAGGAGGUGGGUGGCGGCGGCCAUCAGCCCAUCCGGGAGGACAGCUUUGAUCAUCCGCUAAACGUCCGUCUCUCGGCGCAGAGUCAGACCUUUUCGCAUCCGCACCGGCUGACCGUCUUUCCGCCUUUCCCUUCCGGCGCCGCAUCCUCCUCCUCGGCCAACGUUUCGCCCGCCAGGACUAAGAAGUCGUCCGUUUUUCAUACCUCGGCCACACCUUCCACCGCUGCUGGUGGCGGUGGCAAUUCGAAAUCGGGCGGCGCCGCUAGUAGUCAUCCGUUCGCCUUCGUCCGCGGCUUGCGCAAACGGCGGGCGGCCAGGGCGGGAGAAGCGUCCGAAGCGCAAUCCAAUCACCAGCAUCGCACUCUGACGGAUCUCUGUUCGGAUCGCUUGCGCUCGCGAACGGCGGCAGAGAGCGGCUGGCCCAACUGCACGACCCGUUUAGCCGGCCACGAUCAUUUCGGACCGUUUGGACCUUUGACGGCCAAAUCGAGGAGCGACCACAGUUUGCACCGCAUCCUCAAAGAAGACAACACGUGGACAGUCUUCGCUACUCUUCGCCCACCUUCAGAUAAAGGAGGUUCGCUAUCGAAAGGGACGACAGCGUGGACGUUCGGCUUGUUUAGCGAUUCGACGUCGUCGCAUCAACGACGUCAGACGUCGACCCCAUCUGUCGGAAAAUCGACUAAAAGCAAAGCGGCGUCGGUGGCACCGUCGCCGGAACUCGUCCAUCGGGCGUUCACCCCUUGUUUUUCGGCCGGACCGCCAUCCGGCCUCGUUUUGCCGUCCAGCGGCGGAUUGUUCGGACGUAACGAGAGGCGGACCCGAUCGUUGGAGCGGUGCUGGCAACAGCGUGUCCGCGGUUCAGGUGCUGCCACCGCCACAGCCACCGCCGGUGCUAGUUGCGGUUACGGUUCGGCCGGCGGCCAGGCCAAAGCUCCGCCGCCCAUUCCGUCUCGAGUGCGUUCGCGGUCGCUCGAAAAGAACUACACCGUCUCGACGACGACGUCGACCACGCCCCAUUGCAAUCGACUAGCGGCCGGCGCAGUCAGCAACGCGACAAGUGGUUCCAGCGCGGCUGCCGCCAACAGCAUCGGCACUCCGCUCUUGCCCGUGCGGCGCAACAACGUGCCACCCGAAGUGUUGGCCACGUGGUGCACGUUCAACGAAGCCUUUGGAGGCGGACGGCCGAGACAUCAGCAGCAUCAGCAUCAGCACCAGCGCCUGCCCGCCGAGCCGUUGACGGUCAACGACGAGAGGGAUUCGCCCGGUUCGCCCGUCUUCGAGGAGCUGUUUUUGCCUCCGCCGCAGAAAUUCGCGGCUGCUCCUCUUCCUCCGCCGAUCGUCGCCAAUCCGACGGUCGCUGAGCUCGUCAGCAACAACAACAACAACAACAAUAAGCGCAACAGCGUCGGAGCGGCCAGUUGUUGUUGUUGCAGCAGUUGCAGCGGCGGGCACAGCCAAAGCAGCGCCGGAGUCAGUUGCAGUUCGAAAUCGACGCCGCGAUCCUCGCCCGUCCCGCCCACUUCCUUCCCGGAGACGGUGUUGUACGGGACGCGCGAAGCGCCCGUCCUGGAACGCCACUGCGUCGAAGGCGGCGAGUUCAUCAUCGCUUGGCUCUCUCAUUCCAACGGUUCCAGCCAAUUACAGCAACCAGCUAAUCCUUCAUCGGGCGGCAAUCGAGUGGGUGCGGCCGCCCUUGUUUCUCCGCCGACCGUAGCGCUGACGUCAGCCGACAUGCAGUCGUCCACGUCGUCGAGCCAUUCGGCCACGGCCGCGACGGGCGCCCAUCAGGCGGCCGGCAGCGGCAGCAGCAGCAACCGGAGUUUCAUCAACAAACCGGCCCGCGGAUGGCUCCAUUCCGAUGUGGUCAUUGUCCGCGAGGGCAUCACCUACUUCGUCAGGUAUAUCGGAUGUCUGGAAGUCAACACGUCCAUGAAGAGCCUGGAUUUCGACACGCGCUCGCAAAUUGCCAAAGAAUGCAUCAACAUUGUUUGCGAAACAGCCGGCCUCAAGACGGUCGACAAGAAGCGCAAGGUCGACCGGCGGAUCCAGCGUAUCCUGGGCGACGCCCCUCACAUGGAACACGCAGGCAGUGACGUGGCAUUGACCAUCAGCAGCGGAUGUUUAAGGAUCAGCACGCUCGAAGGCAGCGCCGUCGUUGCCUGUCAUGACAUGCCCAACAUUUCCUUUGCUUCCGGCGGAGAUCCCGACACGCUCGAUUUCGUCGCCUACGUCGCCAAGGACACUAUCCACGGUCGGGCUUGCUACGUCCUCGAAUGCGGAGGUGGGCUGGCGCAGGACGUCAUCACCACCAUUGGCCAAGCAUUUGAAUUGCGUUUCAAGGAAUACUUAAAACGAACGCCACGCCCUGCUGGAACUGAAUCUGUCCUCGACGGACGCGAUGCAGUUGGGACGGCCGGCGGGCACAACAGCGCCGGAGCGGCUCCUCCCCCGUGGUCGCCUGAUGAUCCCGAGUAUUACAAUGAUUUGCCUGGCAAAGUACCGCCGGAUGUCGGACCACCUCCAGUUCCACCGCUGCCCAAUUAUCAGGCUCCAUUAGGAGGAGGACCGGUAGCCAGUGGAACGGCUGCUGGAACAUUGAAGAAGCCAUCAGCGGGUCAUCAAGCCAGUAGUGAUCGAUCGCGCCACACUGUCGAUCUCUCUGACAACUUGAUCGAUCUGAACGCUGACGUGUCGUCAAUGGGCAGAACGGAGACUGGCCUCGCCGGAUCGGCUGGAUCAAGCGGCGUUGGAAACAUGAGCGGCGCAGUUGUUGGCGGCAAUGUCGCCAGCCUGUCGCCUUUUCCCGAUCACGAGUACGUCAAUGGGAUUAUGGGAUCGAGCAGCGAUUUCAAAAACACUCCCGUCAACAAAGAUCCGUUCGAUAUGCAUCCAUUCUCAGCCACACUUCCAUCGCCGCUGCCAUCGGCCCUGCUUGCGCCUAAUACUGGAACGGGCCGACCCGGUGUCACCCUGCAGCGAGGAGCUACCAAAGCAGGCAAAGCCCGUGUGAGCCCGUUCGAGGCUCAGUUGCUGCAAGAAAUUUGGUUUCACGGACCCAUCAGCCGCAAAGAGGCUGAAGAUCUUUUGAAACAAGACGGGGAUUUCUUGGUACGCGAAUCCCAAGGCUCCCAGGGCCAGUAUGUACUGACGGGAAUGCAAUCGGGCCACCACAAGCAUUUACUGCUCGUUGAUCCCGAAGGCGUCGUCCGCACUAAAGACAGGACUUUCGAGAGCGUCAGCCAUUUGAUCAACUUCCACCGGAAUAACGUUCUGCCCAUCAUAUCGGCCGAGAGUGUUUUGCUCCUCAAGAGACCCGUUUCUCGUGCGCAUCACACAUGAGAAAUGGAUGGUCAUGUCCCGUUGUGUUACCCCCUACCACGACAUUUGUCCUCACUAAUACCGCCCCCCCCCCCCUCUUUUACAAGUAUACUAGCACUCCGCCCGGACGUCAUGCCAUCACGUACACCGUUUUUUUUUUUUCUUUUUUCUCGAUAUCUGAGAGCUACAAGAGAAAAGGCGCACAGAUCCGAUGCCGAAUAGACUCGGAAGCUUAUUUUUCCUUCCGCAUUUCUCAGCACGUACGCACUUGGGAACGGUUCUUUUGUACAGCAGAAAGACAAGAAAAGAAAUAUGGAAAACAUAUCUUUGGACGCGAUCUGCGUCAAGCCUCCCUCACUUUCACGAUUUAAUGCCAACCAUUUGUUAUUAUUAUUAUUAUUUUUUUUUUUUGCAGUUUUUCAGAAGGGAAGUUAUUGUUACUAUUAUUCUUAAUUCACCUUUUUGACGUAGAAAUGGGGGAACUCGCGCGAGCUCUUUCUCUAAGAGGUCUUUUCUUAUUUAUAAAAAAUAAUUCUAAUAAUGUUUCAUGUCGGGGUGGAUGCGGGGGGGGGGGGAGUGGGCAAAAGAAAGGAGCAAAGUAGAAGAGGCCAUCGAACGUAACCACGCACAGAAUUGGAUUGCUCACAUUCUCUUUGUUUCCCAACUUUUUCCGACGUUAUCAAAGAUGCUUUACUAACGCUGUUGCUCGUCUAACUCGCACAUGUGGAAGCCAAUGACAUCUCGUCUCCACACAAGGAAAUUGGAAUGUGGUUUGCGUUGGCACACACACAUACGCACACGAAAUCUUGUACGGCCCAAUUUCCAUCCCGUUUCCCUCUUUAUUUUUUUUCCCGUUUUGUUUUUGUUUUUUUGCUCUCCUUGUUGUAGAUAGAUGACUUCCCAUCAAUUUUGGUUGGAUAGUGGAGGGAAAGUGGAUUCGUCGUCUUCAUCAUCCCCCGCAGGGAAAGAAUAAAGUCCACUAUCCUCCCCCGCACACUUCAAUUGUGCAUAAUAUCGACCACCUCGUCUCCUUACAAUUCGACGUCAAGGCGUCACCUUUUGCUGCGCCUGACGUGUACCGUGGGAGGUUUCGGUCUCCCCUUUGCCCGUGUUCACUGGGAGAUGUCUCCUUCCCACGCAAUCAAAUAGAGCGUCAUGGUUGUUGAAUUGUUGUUACUGUUGUUGUCGUGUCGGUUGGUGCUCCUCGCACGCCAUACAAUUUUUCGUUUUUUUUUUUUUUUUUUUUUUUUUUUUUUUUUGGUUGAUAUUUUUGUGAAUGUUGUUCCAAAGUCCAUUUCCUUACCUUGCUUUUCACGCAGACGUUUCGUGACGGCGGUUACCGUUUCGCGUGGCUGAACUGUGGCGCCACGCAACGUCUCCAUCGCUAUUUGAAAUGUGGCAAAUGUUUUUGCUGUCACCAGUAAAUUGUGUCCCCUCUUUAACACAUGUACACAUCCCAUAUACAUAUAUACAUAUAUUAUAUAUAUAUAUUAUAUAAUACCCAUCUUCAAAUGCCGUACGUGUAGGACUUACAUCAACUCGUUCGUUUCGUGGGGAAAGGAAGAAUCAGAGCAAGGCAAACCAAUUGCCUAGGAAAUGAAGGUUCUAAGUGGUGGAUGACCUGCUCCCUCGCCCCGUAUUCCCCCCCUCGUUUCCCUGUCAUACUUUCUCGAUGCACGAAUCGUUUACUACAAAAUGGAGCCCCCAAAAACACCCUUAAGAAUCAUAUCUUUGCGCGUCCGCCGAUCGAUGCUACGGUCGACAAAUCGGGAAUUUUGUGAAACAAAUAAUGUACCUUUGUACUGUUUUAUAUUUGCCUUAUGUCUUACCCAUUGCUUUCCACACGCAAACAGAUAUUUAAAACAAAAAAAGUGAAAUUUCUAGAUAAUGGAAAACCUCCUCCUCUAUCUGGUUUAUUGUAUAACGUCCAUGAUUAUGGAUUCCGUGUAGAUCUAAUCUCUUUUGUGUACUGUAUGGAGAAUAAUCAUUUUCCUCCUUCGCGUUCCAUUGUUUUUUUUUGGUUUUUUCUUUUCUUUUCCACGAGUACCACUACUAAGCUGGAGGGGGAAAAUAAUAAAAGGAUUCGACAAAA